GGGGGUUAUUUUUGGAGAGAAGGCCAUAAGUGCGUGGGAUUGAGAAAGAUAGAGCAAAAAAACUGGUCCUUUCAUCAGGUGGGGGUAGUUGUACUGCACUGGCCCUUUUCUUUCGAAGAAAAAAGAUUCCCACUCUCUUUGGUCUCUUCCCCCUUUUCUCUUCUCUUCUUCUUCUCCUCUAUCAAAUUACUACUAUUACUGUAGCAUUCAUCUUCUUCUUAUUGUUCUCUACUCAUUUAUUAUUAUCACAAAAAUCCCCAAAUCAAAUUCUCCUUUAAGUAAAUAUAUCCAUAUAUAUAGAUAUAUAAUUAUUUGUUUUGGGAAUUUUUGUUAUUAUUGAUCUAAUGACGACUGGUCCAAAUAUGGCUGCUAUUACAGCUUCUCUCCAAAAUUGUUCGCUGAGUAACCAUCAUCGGGGCGGCACCAGCAACAAUGCGGUUAUCGCCCCGUCAGAUGGAGAUGGAUUUUCCGAUUCGUCAGAAAAUUCCAACUCCAACAUCACCAUCAACAACCCCUCAGAUGAUGCUACCUUGGAACUCAAUUCUGAGAUUUCUCUUCCAUACCAUUGGGAACAAUGCCUUGAUUUGAAGACAGGGGAAAUUUAUUAUAUUAACUGGAGGACUGGGAUGAGAAUGAAUGAAGAUCCAAGAACAAAUGUUGGUGGAGAAGAAGAAGUGUAUGGUGAUAACAAUUUGUACUACUCAGAAGAAGAAGAUGAUGGUGAUAACAACUCUUAUGAUAGUGAAGGAUCUUCAGAAGAAGAAGAGUCAUCAUUAUCAUAUCAAUCUUCAAGAGUUCAAAUAGUACCACAAAUACCACAAAUUAAUAUUAUGACUACUGAGAGUGCAAGGAGAGCAGCACCAGCAUCAGCAGCAACAGCACCAACACUAGUGUUGGGUGGUUGCAAGAUUUGUAUGAUGUAUUUCAUGGUGGCUAAAGAAGUUGAUGAUUGCCCAAGAUGUGGUGGACAACUUCUUCACUUUGAUAGUUGAAGGAAGGGAAAAAAAAAAAAAAAAAAAAAAAACAAUUAAGAACAUGAGAUACUAUUUGUUUUGAAUUUUAUUUUAUUUUAGAUUUUUCUUGAUAGAAGUUUGUUUCGUUGUUAGUAGUUGUUAAUUGUUUUUUCAUCUUUAAGGAAAGACAAACCAACCAUUAUUUUAUAAACAAUAUUUAUCGUGUGAUUU